AUGGACUUCAAUAUUCAAGAAUCUCAGAAAGUAGCUAUUGGUAAUAUGCUGAAUUUGUCCCAACAAGUAAACAAUUCUUCUGGAGGAUCAUCUACAGGAUCUUAUGGAGCAAAUAAGAACAAUGUUUGGAUACUUGAGGGACCUCAUAUUUGGAAGGUUUUGAUAUAUGAUAAAAUGGGACAAACUAUUUUAUCUCCACUAAUGAAAGUUGGAAGUUUAAGACACCAUGGUGUUACACUACAUAUUCAAUUAAAUGCACAAAAAAGUAAUAUACCAGAAGUACCAGCAUUAUAUUUCAUUAAACCAACACAAGAAAAUAUUGAUAAAUUAUGUGAGGAUUUAAGGAAUUUAUAUUAUGAAAGCUAUUAUGUAAAUUUUAUAAGUCCUUGUACAGACAAGCUGCUCGAAUAUUUUGCAAAAAAAGCUUUAGAAACUGGAAAUGCUAAUAGAAUUACGAAGGUAAUAGACAGAUACUUAGACUUUGUAUCAUUAUCCCCAACAAAAUUCAGUCUGGGUAUGGAUAAAGUUUACUCUGAAUUCUUUAACUCAAAAACAACAGAUACAAAGAUCCAAUCCAUUAUUGAUGGAAUUGUUACAGGAUUAAUAUGUGUUUUAUCCAGCUUAGGAACAAUACCUAUUAUUAGAUGUUCCAAUAAACAAUUUUCUUCUAGCCAAAUGAUUGCUAAAGAAUUAGACAAAAGAAUUCGAGAAAUUUUAAGAGAAUCAAAUAACAACUUUAUAAACAUUAAUUCUAAUAACAGACCUGUCUUAAUCCUUCUUGAUAGAGAUAUUGAUCUUUCUACAAUGAUCAACCAUAGUUGGAUUUAUCAGGGACUAAUACAUGAUGUUUAUAAUUUAAAGUUAAAUAGAAUUACUAUCGAUGAUUCAAAUAGUGGAAAGAAAGUAUUUGACUUGGACUCUAAUGAUGAAUUUUGGAUUAAACACUCUGGAGAACAUUUUACACAAGUAGCUAAUUCCGUAAGUGAAAUGCUUGGAGAGUAUAACAAAAAGCUGUCAGAGUUAAAUUAUAACAGUGAGGACUCCUCUCAAAUGGCAACGAAUCUGGCUGUUGCUAUACAUGCUUUACCAGAAAUGACAGAAAAGAAGAGAAGUAUUGACACCCACACAAAUAUUGCUACAAAGCUUGUUGAAGAGAUCAAGAAAAGAGAACUUGACAAAUUCUUUGAGGUUGAAGAGUCCUUCGACAAUAUCCCAACUAUUUCAGGAUGUAUUAGCGAACUUGAGACUUUAUUUAACUCUGAAUCAAGCAAGAAUUUUCUAGAAAAUGAUAAGCUUAGAGUUGUUUUAUCUCUCUUACUACACGAAAGACAUGGGCAAAAUAUUACUCACCAACAGCUUGAACAACUCAUUAAGCUAUUUAAUAGUGAACAAUCCAACUCAAUUAAAAUUAUUAGAUACAUUUACAAAUCUCAAAUCCAGACCAAAAAUGCAUCAGGAGUUGGGGGAUUCUCUUCAAAUCUAAACAACCAAGAUUUAAGCUCUACCCUAGGGCAUUCAACAACACACAGUAAACAAGAGACAUCUUUGGAGAAUAAUUUGAGCAAAACAGGAAUAACUUCUCUAGCAAAAAAUGUUGGAGGUAAAGUAUUUGAUAUGGCAGGGAAAAAUAUUCUUCAAGGUGUUAGAGCUCUGCUUCCUAUUAACAAAACUUUAAAAGUAACUUCUGUUGUUGAUAAUAUUAUGGAAAAGAAAUCGUUUUCAUCUUCACAACUUUCUACUGGUUCUUCAAACUUAGAUGAUGAGUUCCUUUACUUUGAUCCAAAACAGCCAUGUAUGCAUGAUCAAGAUUCCAGUAAAGUCUCAAGAAUUAAAGUCUCACCAAAGCAAGGGAUUGUCUUUAUUAUAGGAGGCGGGAACUUUACUGAAGCUCAUGACGUACUUAAUUAUGCAAAGAAAACUCAAAAAAGCAUAAUUUACGGAUGUACAGAAUUUAUCAAUCCAUCAGAAUUUAUUAAAGAGUUAGACACUAUUGCUAGCUGA